UUUCCACCGACACACAACACAUUCUCAGUUGCUUUCGCAAGCCUCACCAAGCCCACAUAACUCCCAUAUACUCGGUGAACAGACGGAAAAAAAAACUUUACAUUCAGAAUCGAAGGCUGUGGACUCUCGAGCUUGAAAGUCUAACUGGGACAGCAAAAUGCCUCUACACCUCCUUGGGAAAAAAUCAUGGAACGUCUACAACGCGGCCAACAUUGCGCGGGUGCGCGCCGAUGAGGAAGCCGCGGCGCGCGCCGAAGAGGCCGAGGAGCAGCGGAUGCAGGAGCGUGACGCGGCGCGGCGCAUGGCGAUACUGAGAGGCCAGCAAGACCCGUCAACAACGACGGCCGAUGCCGAAACACCGCCACGGCGUACCACCAAAAACGGCGACGAGUACGACGGCGGCUGCGAUGAGGACGAUUGGAUGCCGUCGACGGCCAGAAGUGAGACCAGCACCACGGCUGUCGUGGGCCGCAAGAGCAGGAGGCACAGGAAGCGGCACGGCGAAGACGAUACGGACUUUGAGAUGCGGCUUGCGCGGGAGGCGGCGGAUCGUGGGGUGGCUAUGCGUGAGAGGCUGGGGAGGGACGAGCGGCGGGGCUGCGGUGGUGGUGCGAUUGUGGAUGACAAGGGGCAUAUUGAUCUGUUCGGCGGUGCUGCCGCCGCCGCCGCCGCCGCAAAGGUAUCGCGGGAUAAGGAGGCCGGGGAGGCGGCCGAGGGCGGGAUGCGGCUCGCUGACGCAGCGGGCCGUGGAAAGAGUGCCCGUUCGGCGCCGUGGUACACGUUUGCCUGGAAGAGAAAGACCGCGGCGCCGGACGAAGGCGUCAACGUCGAGCAAGGGCUGCCCGAGGCGCAGGCGCAGAACCAAUUUGGAGUGGAUGACCCUGCGAGGAGGGUCCGCGCCGCGGCCAGGAUCGUGGUGGAUGAUCCUCUCGCCAUGAUGAAGAGCGGGGCCAAGAGGGCUAGAGAGGUGGACAAGGAAAGGAGGCGGGAGAGGGAAGACAGGGAGAAGGACGUGGACGACCUGAUCCGGGAGGAGAGGAGACGGGCAAAACGGAAGAGACGUGAUGAGGAGGGGAGGCGGGAACACCGUCACUCUGGGGAGAAUCGGCGCCGGGGUGAUGACGACGAGAAGAGGGAGAGACGGCACCGUCAUCGCGAUGACGAACACAGGAGAAGCUAUCGGCGCGAGGAUGGUCACAGGGAGAGGAAACACCGGGAAGGUGAUGAUCGGAGGAGAAGAGACCGAAGCAAGGAGAGGCGCCGCAGCCGAUCGCCGCGGAGAUCGCCGCGGAGGGAAAUGGAAAGAACCCGAAGUGACAGGAGCCACCGCAAGGAGGAUUCUCAAUGAUGGAUAAUGGUUUAUACAGCGUGACCCAGUCGCUGUUUCCAUGUUAUGAUUACCAUACUAAUAUGAAUUUAAUAGUACAACCGGAGAGGAUGAUACCCCCAUAGUACGACUCUAUAAAUAUCUUGAACACAAACCAAAACCCA